CUCAUUCAACCAAAUCCUCCUCUUCUAAUGGAUCUUCAUCAAGACACACAACCCCAAAAACAUCUCCAUUUUUUCAUCCUACCAUUUCCUAAUAAAAAAGAAUUCGCCUAUGCUUUCAUCUUCUUCAUUUUUCUUCUAAUUACCUCUAUUGUUUUUUCCAACUUCCUUAACCCUUUUUACCCUCAUUUUCUCCUUCCUUUUAACUUCUCCAAAACCCUACAAGAUACCCAAAUCCAAAACACAUCAUGUGAUUAUUCAUAUGGCCAAUGGGUUUGGGACGAAACUUACCCGGCCCAAAAGUACGAUGAGGAUUGCCCAUUUCUUGACCCGGGUUUUCGAUGCCACCGUAAUGGCCGGAAAGAUGUUGAGUAUGUUAAAUGGAGAUGGCAACCUCAUGGAUGUGAUCUACCAAGAUUUGAUGCACAAGAUUUUCUCGAACGAAGCAGAAACGGAAGAAUAGUUUUCGCUGGAGACUCCAUUGGAAGAAAUCAAUGGGAGUCUCUACUAUGUAUGCUUUCACAAGGAGUCUCAAAUCCUUCAUCCACAAUAUAUGAAGAGCGCGGAAACCCCAUAACCAAACACAAAGGUUUCCUUUCCAUCCGGUUUCAAGAGUAUAAUUUAACCAUCCAAUACUACCGUGUCCCUUUUCUUGUUGUCAUUGACGAUCCACCUGAAACUGCGUCUCAAAAAGUCCAACGGGCCAUUAGGGUUGAUAAACUACACCGGUUCUCUUCAAAAUGGGCCGGAGCAAACAUUCUUGUCUUCAGCGCGGGUCACUGGUGGAACCAAGACAAAACACACAAAAUGGGGUGGUAUUUCCAGGAAAAAGGGAAAUUGAACAUGACAAUGGAUGUCAUGGAGGCAUUUGGGAAGUCUCUGCAAACAUUGAAGUUAUGGGCCUUCAAGAAUUUGGAUCCCGAAACCAGCCACAUUUUCUUUAGAAGCUAUUCUCCUGUACAUUAUAGGGAUGGAGAAUGGAACACCGGUGGACAUUGUGAUCGUAGCAUGGCACCAGAACUAGACUACAAAAAUCCGGAAACUGAACCUUUAAACAAUCAGAUAAUUAUGAAUGUGGUUAAACAGAUGGAAAUUGGAAAACAAAAAGUCCAAUUCUUGAACAUUACUUAUCUAACAGCUAUGAGGAAUGAUGGUCAUCCUUCACGAUACCGUGAGCCAGGUACACCUCAAUCGGCUCCACAAGAUUGCAGCCACUGGUGUCUACCCGGUAUCCCUGACACAUGGAAUGAACUUUUAUAUGCUCAACUUUUGUCUAGUGGAUUUAAAACAAGGUGAUCAAGAAGAAAAGUGUGCCAGUUGGCUAGAAGUUUUUUCUAUGAUGCAUCGUAUUUGGGCUACUAAUCAUGGAGCAUGGGGAACGUGUGGUUUACC